CCCUUUCACAAGCCAAGGCCCUCCUCACACCCUCACACUGAUAUUUCAUCAAGUGUGUAAGACAAAUGCUUUGGAGGUUUUCUUGAAUUCAUUUGCAGAUGAGGAGCUACAUACCGUGUGAGCUGCAUGUAUAAGACAUAUACCCUAAGAAAGCCAAGGCUUUCCACACACUGAUAUUCAUCAAGUGUGUGAGGUGUAAACCUAAUUCUUUUGAGGUUUCAUUGAUCUUAUUGUAAUAGAGAUCAUUUGCAGAUGGGUGGCUGCAUGUCUUCUGGUAGCAGUAGGGGUCAUGAAAAGCCUCUAAACUUAUUGACAGCAAAGCUGAUAUUGAUGGAUGGGAGCAUCAAGGAGUUCUCAGAGCCUGUGAGAUGUCAUGAGAUAGUAAGCAAAUACUCAGGCCAUUUCAUCUGUGCCUCAGGUGGUCUCUACACUGGUCAACAUAUUUCAGAGGUGCUGCAUGAGGAUGAUGAGUUGCAGCUUGGGGAGCUCUAUUUUCUUCUUCCCAAUAGAAAGCUGCAGUUUGUGCUUACUGAUUCUGAUAUGGCAGCUAUGCUUCUCAAGGCCAAUGGUGCCACUCAGCAGAGGAGGAAAUCAAAGGGUAAAGUUCAGCCCCUAUUUGAUACUCAUUUACAGGAUGAGGAAAACCCACCUUCCUCUGUUUGUUGCUUGUCAAAACCUCUGUCAACAGUAGCAAUGGGUGGCAGGAAACAGAGAAGACAAUCUAAUUUGGAGACUAUUUUUGAGGGUUCAUAGUACAAGAUACAUAUUGUAAAUUUAUAUUCUCAUUCAUCUGUAUUUAUAAUCUCUGUAUGAUAAUUUGAAUUUGCAGAAAAGGGUUUUCAUAUCUA